AUGCCACGUCGUCAAACUCGCUCGGCGCCUGCAAGGACACAACCGCGUCGUCAGGCCUCCACUCUAAGUUCUCCUCCUCCCACGCGACAACCACAAGCGUCGCCUCAACCGCCACGUCCUGUACCAACACAUGAUCAACGACCACAAGUUCUAGCUAAUACUCAACAAAAGCCAUCCAUAGUGGGGGAACAAAAGCAACCUGGAUUGUUUGGACAGAUGGCAUCAACUGCUGCUGGUGUAGCUGUUGGAUCUACGAUUGGACAUACUCUUGGUGCUGGUAUUAGUGGUCUCUUUGGUGGAAGAGGCGAGUCAGCUCCAGCGCCCGAACAGACCCAAGGUCAAUAUACGCCUCAGCCACAACAACAGGAACGAUACCAUUCAUUUGACAAUAACGACGAUAUGCGUAAUCAGACCGCGUGCGAAACAGACGCCAAAGCUCUCACCAAAUGUUUACAGCAAAACAAUCAUGAUAUCAACCUCUGUCAGUGGUACCUGGAGAAUCUGAAAGCUUGUCAGCAAAUGGCGUCUCA